GCGGACAGGACUGUGUUAAAUCUCAGUGCCCGCACUGGCACGAGACUCACGGACUGAGCCGUCCGUCCCGAUCCAGUCGUUGUGACCAUCGGAGCGACUGCGCUGACGGCGCUUUCGGCGAGAAGCGGGAGGAACGCGAGCCGCACACGUCGCGCGCGCUGCACGCGCUCGCGCCACACGAUGCCCCCGCGCUCGCUCCUCUUAUCCCUGCUGCUUGCGGUGGCAGAGCCGAGGCGCACAGCGGCCAAGGGGCUUCGCCACGGCGGGUGUCCGUCACGCUGUCACUGCGAGGCGGACGGCGCGCGACUGCGCGUGGACUGCUCGGACCUUGGGCUCACAGCCCUGCCGGCGAACCUGAGCGUCUUCACAUCUUACCUCGACCUCAGCAUGAACAGUCUGGCCCCGUUGACUGCCGGAGCCCUGGCUGAAUUCCGUUUCCUGGAAGAGCUGCGGCUAGCAGGAAACGGCCUGACCCACAUUCCCGAAGGUGCCUUCUCCGGCCUUGGGGGUCUCAAAGUGUUAAUGUUGCAGAACAACCAGCUGCAGCGGGUCCCCUGCGAAGCCCUUCAGAACCUCCGGAACCUGCAGUCCUUCCGCCUGGAUGCCAACCACAUCCACAGUGCUCCACCUGGCUGCUUCCAUGGCCUGGUAUCGCUGCGUCACUUGUGGCUGGAUGACAACGCCCUGACGGAGGUGCCCGUUCAGGCCUUGGCGGAGCUCUCCUCCCUGCAGGCUAUGACCCUUGCACUCAACAAGAUCCGCCAUAUCCCUGACCAUGCCUUUGCCAACCUCUCCAGCCUGGUAGUCCUACACCUCCAUAACAACAAAAUCCACUCACUGGGAGAGAAGUGCUUCGAUGGGCUCCGAAGCCUGGAAACAUUAGACCUGAACUACAACAGUCUGCUCGAUUUCCCAUUUGCCAUCAAAGCCCUGACAAACCUGAAAGAGCUGAGCUUUCACAGUAACAACAUCAGGUCCAUUCCAGAGAAGGCCUUCACUGGAAAUCCUUCCUUGCAGAUGAUAUUAUUUUAUGACAAUCCCAUCAAGUUCGUCGGCAAGUCCGCCUUCCAGCAUCUUCCAGAACUACGAAUGUUGUCUCUCAACAGGGCCUCAGAAAUCACAGAGUUUCCAGACCUCACCGGCACCACCAGCCUGGAAAGCCUGACCAUUACCAGAGCGAGGCUUUCUUCUCUGCCUGGCACUCUAUGUGAUCACUUAACUAAACUGCAAGUCCUGGAUCUUUCAUACAACAUCAUCCAAGAUCUCCCCAGCUUCAGCAGUUGCAGAAAGAUCCAGAAAAUUGACCUCCAUCACAAUGAAAUCCUGGAGGUCCGCGCUGGAACAUUCCAAGGCCUGAUGGAACUGAGGUCCCUUGACUUGUCUUGGAACAGAGUACGCAGUGUGGAGCCACAUGCCUUCGCUGACCUACCGUUGCUGUCCAAAUUGGACCUCAGUUCCAAUGCACUGUCGUCCCUACCUACAGCAGGACUUGGUGGGCUCACGCACCUGAAACUGUCUGGUAAUGGUGAUCUCCGGGAGCUGAUGUCUGCUGAAGAUUUCCCCAAGCUCAGGGUUAUGGAGAUGCCCUAUGCCUUCCAGUGCUGUGCCUUUGUGGCCUGUGAGAGGUCCGCAAAGCUCUGGGACACAGAGGAGAGCAGUGGCAGAGAGCUCCAAAGCAGGAGAGAUGCCGACAUUGCGCAUGUACUCAACAGACCUGAAGAAGACUACAGCCUUGAGGAUCUUCUCCUGGAGCUUGAGGAAAACCCCAAAUCCAAGCAGUCUGUCCAGUGCUCCCCAGCACCAGGACCUUUCCGCCCAUGUCAUCACCUGUUUGGAAGCUGGAUUAUCCGAUGUGCAGUGUGGAUCAUUGUGGUGCUGUCAUUGGUCUGCAAUGGCUUAGUGGCAGCUACCAUCUUCCUUUCCCCUGCCUUUGUAUCUCCAGCCAAGCACCUCAUAGGCCUUUUGGCCAUAAUCAACAGCCUCAUGGGCCUGUCAAGUGGCAUGCUGGCCGUGGUGGAUGCUCUGACGUUCGGCAGCUUUGCCCAGUAUGGGGCCUGGUGGGAAAAUGGCAUGGGGUGCAAAAUCACAGGUUUCUUGUCUGUCUUUGCUGGCGAGACUUGUGUCUUCCUGCUGACAACUGCCACUCUAGAGCAAGACCUCUCCGCACGGAGCUCCAAGAGUGUCAAAACCGGAGCGUCUUCCAUGAACAACAUCAAGGCCAUUUCAGCUCUCUGCUUCAGCCUUGCUCUAGUCAUCACGGUCCUGCCUUUGCUGCACAUUGGCGAAUACGGUGUUUCCUCACUCUGCCUUCCACUGCCCUUUGGGGAACCUUCCAGCCUGGGCUUCAUGGUGGCCCUGGUUCUUCUAAACCUGCUCUGCUACUUUGUCAUGACCUUCUCUUACACCAGACUCAGCCUGGGGAAGGGUGAGAUGGUCCACUUCAUGGAGAGCUCCAUGAUCAAGCAUGUGGCCUGUCUCCUGUUCACCAACUGCUUGCUCUACUUUCCCAUGGCAUUCCUCUCCUUCUGCUCCCUUCUCAGCCUUUCUUUUAUCAGCCCAGAAGUGGCCAAGUCCAUCUUGCUUCUCAUUGUACCCCUUCCUGCUUGCCUGAAUCCCCUGCUCUACAUACUGUUUAAUCCCCACUUCAAGGAGGACCUGUGCUUGCUCCUCAAAUGGACAAACCUGUUGAAGGAUCAGCAGCACUCAAGCUUGGUCUCCGUUAGCUCUGAGGAUGCAGAGAAGCAGUCAUGUGACUCCUCACAAGCUCUGGUUGCCUUCAAACUACAUCAGACACCUCACCAACUGCUUCGACAGGAUGCAGAAAUCAGCCAAACCCAAGUUCCUCUUGUCCCUUGGAGCUAGACCAGACCUUGUGUUGGAUUGCUGGAUUGAAAUUAUUUUCCCAAUCCAGAGUUCUCAAUGGCAUUCUGAAGAGCAGAGGACCACCUGUGCAUGAAAAUAUGUGCACCUAGACAAGAAAGGAGUGAUGAUGUACUCAUGCGUAAUCAGGGACAGUUUAGUCAUCUUUCUUAAAGGUAAUACAAGCCAAAGAUCAGGAGCAGGAUGUAUUUUCACCACAUAGCUCAUCCACAUAUUAACAUCCAUCAUAUUUUGCAAACCUGAUUGUCUGCAUGUUUCAGUAAGAUAUGAAAACUGCCUGGUGGAGACCUCAGAAGUACUUUGGCCCAGUGUGGCCUGGUUCUUAACAGUACCGAAAUAUGAAACUUUUCCAAGUGUGCUCUGUUUUGGAGGAAGUCCUCUUGCCUUUUGCUUGUAAUCAAAAUAUAUUUAAUGAAUAUUUUUCCAAGCUACAGCAUGCUAAAAAUAAAAACAGUAUAUGGAAAAAUAAUUACACUCAUAAGCUAUACACUUAAAGGGAACCAAUUUUUUGUCACAUCGUGUUGUCAUAAGUUCCAGUGUUGGAUUUGC